GGCGCUCGGAGCUGCCCGCUUCCCCCCCGCCGCAGCCGAGCCGAGCCGAGCCGAGCCGAGCCAGGCGCGGGCACCGCUCCUGGGCACAGAAGUCCUGCACUAAUGUGGCCUGUGGUGGAAGGACCUGCCUGCUUUAGCCAGCCUGUCCUCCGAGGCUGAAGAUGGUGUUGAUGCCCUGGUGAGGGGCGAAAGGGCAACUGAGCUGACCCACCGCCCCCACCCCCGGCUGCCCGCACCACCGCAUCCCCGCUGCGAGAGCCAUGGAGGCGCCCCUGGACGUGCCCGUGGGGAACCUCAUCGACUUCGAUGCCGAAGCCCCCGCAGAGCCCUCGCCUCCGGACCGCCGCAGCGGCGACGAGGACGCGGCCGGGGAGGAGAGCGACGCCACCGAGUCGGCGGACAGCGAGAACGACAUGGGCUAUUCGCCCAGCCGCUGGAGCAGCUACCGCCGCUCGUCCUCCAACGAGUCCUUCUCCUCCAACCAGAGCACCGAGUCGGCCAAGGACGAGGCAGCGGCCGAGCGCCGGGAAUUCAUGCGGCACUACGUGGAGAAGGUCUUCGCCGGCGGAGAGGAUCUGGACCAAGAAGAAAAGGCCAAGUUUGGUGAGCUCUGCAGCGGCGAGAGCGGGAAGGGCAGGGAAUGGUUCGCACGAUACGUGAGCGCCCAGCGCUGCAACUCCAAGUGCGUCUCGGAGCAGACCUUCUAUCGCCUGAUGCAAUCUUUCGCCCUCGUGCUGUUUGAGUGUCACCAGAUGGAUGACUUCAGCCCUGCCAAGAAUAUAAUGACCAUGUGUUUCACUUACUACUACAUCGGCAAACCACAUGCUCUGCCCUUGGAGACCAAGGAGAAGCCCAUGGGCAGCAUUGACUCAUACCUGAAGUCAGCCAACAGCUGGCUGGCUGAGAAGAAGGACAUAGCGGAGCGGCUGUUGAAGAACACGUCAGCCAAGACUGAGAACGUGAAGGGCUUCUUUGGGGGCCUGGAGACCAAACUGAAGGGUCCUGCAGCCUGGAAGAGCGAAAGUGAAGGGGAGGACAAGCCAAAGCAGAAGCUAAAGAAGACGGUUUCCGUGCAGAGCCCAGAGGAGGAGAAGAAAGGAGAGAAGAUCUACCUGUACAUGCACCUCAAGCAACAGCCAAUCUGGCACAACCUGAGGUUUUGGAACGCCGCCUUCUUCGACGCGGUUCACUGCGAGCGGAGGAAGAGGUCUCCCACCACCAGAGGGAACGCUGGAGAGGAAGAGGAAAAGAGAGAAAUGCAAGCGGCGGCCGCACGCUGCAGCCGCAAGCGCGCGCUGCGGCUUGCAAAGCCUGGAAGCGGCCACGUCCGCCGGCGAUCAGAGGUGGGAUCCGCAGGGGUGGAGGGUCUUUGCCCUACCGCUGGCGCUUGGAAAACUUGACGUUGGAGCAAACCGCUUGAAGCGACAGCACUAACGAAGGCCCGUGGGAGCCUGGCAGUAAAUUUUUAGCGUGGCUAAGGCGUGCACUGGGAGCUGGAUAACCAAAACUUGCUCAGAUAGAGCGUGGCUCGGGUUAGCCGUCGGGGCGAACCGCCGCUGCUGGGAGCCCGGCGUGGUGGUGUGGGCCGAGCCUUGCUGGCGCGUCGCGGCAGGCGGCUGCAGCAGCAGGAUCUGCCCUCGCAGGGGCUGAGACGCUUCCUCCGCACGCCGGCGGGCAGCCGAAACGGGGUCACGUUUGCAAGAGGGGAGGAGAUGGCCCUGCCGGGCCAGCGCGCAGCUCGAAGGGUUUGGAUAGAGCCGCGCGUGGGGCGUUCCCCCUUUCCAGGCACCUUACUGCUGCGUAACAGGCCAGAAGCACGGUGAAUUUUUCUUGGCCACUUUGAUAAUUCUUUUUCCCUUCCUCCAUGAAAAACAUAAAAAGGCAAAAAAAAAAAAAAGAAAAAAAGAAAAGAAAAAAAAAGAAGAAAGAAGCAGCAUGCAAACUUGCUCCCCCUGUAAAGGGGCCAGUGAGACCUGUGAAGUUUUGCUUCCAGCUUUCAAAGCUUUGAUAAAAGCUUGAUUCUUCUCUGUUCUUCUCAACCUCCGGAUAUGUUUCCCCUGCUAUCGUGAGCUUUAUCUGGGAGAAAAUUUUUGUUUUAAAUCCUUUUUUAAAGUCUCGUACGAAGUUCGCGGAGCCGUGUCGCUCUAGGCGGCCCACCCCCUUGAGCGAAGGCCCCGCUCAGCAGCUUCUGCGCGCCAGAGCCGACUUGAGCGAGGGCAGGCGUCUUCGUGGGCAAGCCUCGUCGAGCGCUCGUCGUCCUCCAGCUUCAGCAACAGCCGCGCUCACUGCCUCCGCACUUGCACCGCUGAACUAGCGGCGAACCCCCCCCCUUCCCAGGCAGCCGCCUCCGUCCGGCGCCGCGUCUCUGAUCCUGUUUGGGGGCGGGCUGCGCCGUGUGCUGCGCGCGUGGUCUAUUCGUGCUGUCCUCUUGCUUCUCCUCCAUAUAUAUAUAUAUACACACACACAUAUAUAUAUAUAUAUAUUUUUUUUUCUUCUACCUGUCCCUAUUUUUCCUUCCUUUUCUUUUAUCCUCUUACCCUCAUCUGUACCCUUCCCCGACCUCUAUCCGGAAGAGGGCUGGCUUCACCCCGGAGCUGUAGCUUUCCCGACGUGCACGCACUGAUCCAUAGCCGGCAUCAUGCCCUGGCACGGUGACGUCCGCCCCGCUCGGCGCCGCGCCGGCUCGGCCGCCGAAGGCCCGGCGAGGGGGACGCGUGCCCGGGGACCCGGCCGCCUCCUCGUGCCGGUGCAAACACGUAGCGCCUGCGAGGAGGAGCCGAGGGCGGAUUUGGGUUUUGCCGUGAGCUGAAGUUGCUCCUGGUGUUGGGCUCGGAGAGAAAGCGGAUGCUCCGGGGCUUGGGACGGUCGAAACGCAG